AUGACUACCAGUUUAGAUGAAAAAGUCGAAGUAGAUUUUGUAUUCUUUUUAGAACAUUUUCAAGAAUCUUUUGAUUCGUUAAAAUCCAAAAGUGACAAAGAAAUCUGCCAAGUAAUGCCUACGUAAAUUAAAUUGGUUAAUUUUAUUUAUUAUAUGUAAACGUAUUCAUUUUUAGAAAUGGUUAGACAAACUCGUCAUUGAAAAAUAUAAAGAUACAAACGAAAAACAAAUACGGAAUAUCUAUUUGUCACAACUGAUUAUUAAUAUGAAUGAAAGAAAGCUCAGCGCCCCAUUUAAUGAGUCUCCUAAAUUAGCCCGAUUAUCAUUGGACGGUGUAUUUAAACACAUCACAACUAAAUCGACCUCAGAAGUGGAACACGAAAAAGCAGUGAGUAUUUGAUUAUUUUAAAAAUACCAAAAUAUUUAUGGUUAAAUAACAAUGAUAAAAAAAAAUUUGUGUCUAGAUAAGCGAGAACCAAAAAAAUUGGCAAAGUUUUAUUCGUAACAGAGAAUUAGAAGUCAUCGAUAUGAAUCAUAUGUCUAUCGACGGUAGUACGUAUAUAGCCUGCAAGACAUUGGCGGAAAAUUCGGGUAUAUUUGCGUACGUAGCCGUGACGUUGGGAGGAAAUACCGAUCAAGGAUGGGUAAACACAUGUGGGCAGCCGAUGUAAGAUAAUUUAUUUUACGUCUUAAGUAUUUUUUUUCAGUGUUUUACAAUCUUUACAUAGUAUCAUAAAAAAAUGCAAUUGUAGAUUUUGAGUGGAGCGAAUGGUUUUACAAAGAUGUUUAUUAUUUUUUUUUUCUGUGGACAACUUUUCUAACAGAGGACUUGCUCCGAUUUUUACGUGUAGCACUUUUUCUGAAAGAAAACUGGUGUAGGUGGAUACCUUAAAGAGGUUAUUUUUCGAUUUUUGAAGAGUUUUCUUAUUAAAUGCGAAAAACCCAGAGGAAAAAACGGAAAAAUGUACGAAAUAUAUUUGUUUAACAUUACGACAUUUUUUCUUCUUUGGACAAUUUUUCUAAAGUAAUUUCGUUCCAAAUUAUAAUGAAAGCAAAUUUGUCUAAAAGGAAAUUUCACCGGGGAGGAACUUUAGAGUGGUCAUUUUUCGAUUUUCUCUGGGGUUUUCUCAGAAAAUGUGAAAAAACAUUUGAAAAUCGGUAUAUUAAAGAAAAUAUAGAGCUUAUUUAAUUAUUUUACUAUAAUUUGGCUUAUAUAUUGUUGACAAAGCAUUACUAUCAAGUGAACUCCGCUCAAAAUCAGUUUUUUCGUAAGCAAUGGUUUAUCAUUGCUUACAGGUAAACAUUAAAUUACUUAUAACAGUAGCUGCAUCCAUCCUCAUUAUCCAAGGACGUCUUUUUGAAUUUAAACUAACUUAAAAUGUGAUUCCUCUAUAUAGAAAUUGAAGUUUAAAAUCUAUAGUUUAAUACAAACAAUGUAUUUCUAGACCGGUGCCAGUUAUUCAGCCAUUAGACCUACAAGUGGAAACAACCAAUUCAAGAAAUAAUAAGAACGAACACGACGAUAAAUUGAAUCAAAUUACGGUUGAAGUCAAAGCGAUUUUGUCUAAGCGAAAAUCUGUGGAAGCUCGGGUGUUGACUCAACAAUUUUUCCAAAGAAUAUACAACAAUAUCGAACAAGAGAUGUUGAGAGAAGAAGAUCCUAACAGUACAGCUUGUCACGACCCAUAUGUUGAAAAACUUCUUGAAAUGUUAAUUGUGAGCAGAAAACCGUUGGAUAACGAUGAAUUUCUUCUAGUGCUUAUUAUAAUAACAAAUUUUAUUAUGUUUUUUUCAGAACGAAAAAAGGGCAUGCGGCAAAUUUGAUCCAUUUUCAUUCAAAAAAAUAAAAAUGCUUUCGCUGUUGAAGAAAAGAGUCAAUAAUACUUUGAUUGAC